AAGGGUGUUAACGCAGCUACAACAACUCACGCUAACAAAAUGUAGCUGUUACAUAUAUAUUUAUAUUGUGUGCAAUUUUAAAGUUAUCUAGUGAUGCUGGCUGCUGCACUAUCUACUAUUGCCAUUAACCAAUAUUUGCUGUUAAUUUGUUUACGGGACGUUUAUUGUUCCAGCCCAACCCAGUGUGUCAUCAUCAACUGACAGCAACAUCUUUAAAUGCCAGCAAGCUAACACAAGAGCAGAUCACAGAGUAUAAAGGAAUUUUCGAGAUGUUCGAUGAAGAGGGAAAUGGAGAUGUGAAGACACAGGAGCUGGAGAGGCUGAUGAGUUUAAUGGGAAUCAAUCCGACAAAAAGAGAGCUCAGCCAGAUGGCCAAAGAUGUGGACAAAGAUGGUAAAGGGUUAUUCAACUGUGACAGCUUCCUGGGUCUGAUGGCAUUAUACCAUGAAAGAACCAAGAACCAGGAUGCUGAACUCAGAGCUGCUUUUAAAGUGUUUGAUAAAGAGGCCAAGGGUUAUAUUGACUGGAACACACUGAAAUACGUACUGAUGAAUGCAGGAGAACCACUCAAUGAGAUCGAAGCGGAGCAAAUGAUGAAGGAGGCAGAUAGAGAUGGAGAUGGAACCAUCGAUUAUGAAGAAUUUGUGGCCAUGAUGACCGGAAACUUGUUUAAAAUGAGCUGAAGACGCAAUAAAAGCAACACAUCUCACUUUGAGCCUCUGGGAUACCCUGCAGGAGUUGUGACCAUUCAGUUUAUGUUCCAGUGACACAGGAUUAUAAAACAAGAGGACCGUCAUUUUUUACUGUUCAACAUACUUGCAGUAGUUCUAAUGGAAAUAUGUGCAAUCACAUAUCUCUGUUUUGUGAAUAUUUGUAGAAACCUUUCACAUAAAAAUAAAAAAUCUUUUAAAAUUA